AUGGCGUCGUCUUCCUCGUCUGAGGUGCCGGUCGCCCAAGCCGAGACCUUCCCGGACGGCACCACCGACCAUGUUCCCAUGCGGAAGAGGACCUAUGAUCUCCGCAAGCCUCACAUCACAGACCAGCCAAUUACCUGGACCAACUGGUGGCAACAUGUCAACUGGCUCAACACCUACUUCAUCAUCGUCGUGCCGGCUAUUGGCUUGGUAGCUUCGUACUGGGUCAACCUCCAAUAUAAGACGGCGAUCUUCGCUGUUUUGUAUUACUUCUUCUCCGGCCUUGGAAUCACCGCUGGCUAUCAUCGUCUUUGGGCCCACUCCAGCUACAAGGCUUCCCUUCCCCUCAAGAUCUUCCUCGCUGCCGGUGGCGCCGCGUCCGUUGAGGGCAGUGCCCGUUGGUGGUCAAGCCUCCACCGCUCCCACCAUCGCUAUACCGAUACCGAGAAAGACCCGUACUCUGUUCGCAAGGGUCUCCUAUACAGCCAUCUGGGAUGGAUGGUCAUGAAGCAGAACCCCCGCCGUAUCGGCCGUACCGACAUCACCGACUUGAACGACGACGCUGUUGUUGUGUGGCAGCACCGGAACUACCUCAAGUCGGUCAUCACGAUGGCCCUGGUUGUGCCUACCCUCAUCUGCGGUCUCGGAUGGGGUGACUUUGCCGGCGGCUUUGUCUAUGGCGGUAUUCUGAGAAUCUUUUUCGUCCAGCAAGCCACCUUCUGUGUCAACAGCUUGGCCCACUGGCUCGGUGACCAACCCUUCGACGACCGCAACUCACCGAGGGAUCACGUCAUCACCGCUCUUGUGACCCUUGGCGAAGGUUAUCACAACUUCCACCACGAGUUCCCCAGCGACUUCCGUAACGCGAUUGAGUGGUGGCAAUACGACCCCACCAAGUGGUUCAUUUGGACCAUGAAGCAGCUCGGCCUCGCCUACAACCUCAAGACCUUCCCCCAGAACGAGAUCGAGAAGGGCCGCGUCCAGCAGCUCCAGAAGAAGCUUGACAAGCAGCGCUCCACCCUUGAUUGGGGCGCCCCGCUCGAGAGUCUCCCCGUUGUCAGCUGGGACGACUUCGUUGAGCAGUCCAAGAACGGCAAAGCCUGGAUCGCUGUUGCUGGUGUCAUCCAUGACGUUGGCAACUUUAUUGCUGAUCACCCCGGUGGCAAGGCUCUCAUCUCGUCGGCUAUUGGCAAGGACGCCACCGCUGUUUUCAACGGCGGUGUCUACGACCAUUCGAACGGCGCCCACAACCUACUCUCCACUAUGCGGGUUGGUGUCCUGCGGGGUGGCUGCGAGGUCGAGAUUUGGAAGCGUGCCCAGUCCGAGAACAAAGACGUCAACGCUAUCACCGACUCUUCUGGCCAACGCAUCGUUCGUGCCGGCGACCAAAUCACCCGUGUCGGGCGACCCAUCGCUACUGCCGAUGCCGCCUAG